GUCUAUCUCUUGGAGAGUAUCAUAAUUCAGAAAGCAAGAGCUAAAAGGAGAGCAGCAGCAGCAGCAGCCGCAGCAAGAACUAAUAGCUCUCUUAGAGAGAUUCAAGGCAAGGAAGAAAAGCACCAAGAACGAUUUCAAAGCUGGGAAUGAAGGGAAAUAGAUCAGCAAGUCAGUUGGAGUUACCAGCUGGAUUUAGAUUUCAUCCAACAGAUGAUGAGUUGGUGAAUCAUUACUUGCUUAAGAAAUGUGGAGGCCAAUCAAUUUCUGCUCCUAUUAUUGCUGAGAUUGAUCUUUAUAAGUAUGAUCCUUGGCAGCUUCCAGAAAUGGCACUAUAUGGUGAAAAGGAAUGGUACUUCUUUUCUCCAAGGGAUAGAAAAUAUCCAAACGGUUCAAGGCCGAACCGGGCGGCUGGAACCGGGUAUUGGAAAGCAACCGGAGCAGAUAAACCCAUUGGUCGGCCCAAACCACUAGGCAUAAAAAAGGCUCUUGUAUUUUAUGCUGGUAAAGCUCCUAAAGGAAUCAAAACCAAUUGGAUCAUGCAUGAAUAUCGCCUUGCUAAUGUUGAUAGGACUGCCGGCAAGAAAAAUAACCUAAGGCUUGAUGAUUGGGUAUUAUGUAGAAUAUACAACAAGAAAGGAAGCGUAGAGAAGCAUUUUCCUGCUGAAAGAAAAUCAAUAGCAAAGUAUCCAGAGAUGGAAGAGCAGAAGCCCAACAUCAGUGAAAUGUCUGGCUACCAUAAUGGAAUGUCACAAAUUGCAGCACCGACAAUGAUGAUGAGUAAUAACAAUGACUUCUUAUAUAUGGACACAUCUGAUUCAAUUCCAAGGUUGAAUACAGACUCAAGUAGUUCAGAGCACGUGCUGUCACCUGAGGUCACAUGCGAGAAGGAGGUUCAGAGUCAGCCAAAAUGGAAUGAUCAGCUAGAUAAUGCCUUCGAUUUCAACUUCAAUUACAUUGAUGAUGGCUUCCAAGAUUACCCUUUUGCUUCACAAGACCAGUUCCAAUUGGACCAGCUCUCACCUUUGCAGGACAUGUUCAUGUAUUUACAGAAGCCAUUUUGAUUUUACUUACAGAAAAGAAAGAAGAAAAAAGAAUAGGGUUCUUGAUGUGUGCCCAGUGGCCAUUGCAUUUUAGUUUCAUAGGUAGAAAUAGUAUAGAACAUUGUUGUAUUCUUGCAUGUGGCCCAGGGCAAUCUUUGUCUGGAGUCUGCAGAUGUAGUUUAACAUUUGUGGGAAAUCUGGGGGAUUGAUCAGUGUCAGAAAAUAUUUUUUUAUAUAUACAUAUAUAUAUCAUGGACGAAACCCAGGGCUACACAGCCACUUUCAAGAGCCAGAUUACAGGGAAGAGUUAACUUGAGAUUUUCAAUCGAUCGCAGUAUGGAUUCAAACCCCAUUUUACCUAUUGAUGAUUAUUGCCGGUGCCAGUGUCCAAAUCUGACAUGGGAAGGAGGAGAAGGUAUAGGGUGGACUGGGAUGUAUUAUAAGAAGCUGGUGAUUGAUCAAGGGUGAUAGAACAUGGUUGGAUUAAUCAGCAUUACUCAUGUUAAUAUGUAAUUGUAACCAUUCUUGUAAGGAUUGGACAAGAAUUUGUUUCAUUAAUUUAAAAUUAGUGACGUUCAAGAAA